GAUAUGGCUCAAGCUGUCGAAGAAUGGUACAAGCAGAUGCCAAUCAUCACCCGUUCUUAUCUCACUGCUGCAAUUGUUAUCACAGUCGGUUGCUCUCUCGAUAUAAUCUCUCCUUAUAACUUGUAUUUGCACCCUAAGCUAGUGGUCAAGCAUUACCAGUUUUGGCGGCUCGUCACCAAUUUCCUUUACUUCCGGAAAAUGGAUCUGGACUUCCUGUUUCACAUGUUCUUUCUUGCCCGAUACUGCAAGCUUCUUGAGGAAAAUUCUUUUCGGGGAAGGACUGCCGAUUUCUUUUACAUGCUCUUAUUUGGUGCUACUAUUUUAACUGGGAUUGUUCUCAUUGGGGGGAUGAUACCUUACGUGUCUGAGUCAUUUGCGAAGAUAAUAUUUCUGAGCAAUUCAUUGACAUUCAUGAUGGUUUAUGUUUGGAGCAAGCAAAAUCCUUUUAUCCACAUGAGUUUCUUGGGUCUCUUUACUUUUACAGCAGCUUACCUUCCGUGGGUGCUUUUGGGGUUCUCUGUCCUUGUUGGUGCUAGUGCUUGGGUGGAUCUACUGGGAAUGAUAGCUGGUCAUGCCUACUAUUUUCUUGAAGAUGUGUACCCCCGGAUGACAGGCCGUCGACCCCUCAAAACACCGUCAUUUAUCAGGUCCCUAUUUGCUGAUGAGCCUGUAGUGGUGGCAAGGCCUGCGAAUGUGAGAUUUGCUGCUCCGCCGGUAGAGGAAGCACAACAAAACUAAUCAAAUCCCCCAAAGACUAGACAAAUGCUGCUGGAUUAGCUGCUGUUAAUGUUCUCAGAAAAUUAUUUUGAUGCCCAAAUGGAAUUAUGAUCGAUCCUUUGUUUAUGACAUUGCUUUGAGUGAUGUGCUAGUUAUGGUCACUGUCUUCAUUCCUUGUCAGGUGGUUUACCUUGUAAUGAUGUUGCUACCGCCCAAUGGGUUUGAGUGUUUAGUCUGGACUCCAUAAUUCCUAGUUAGUAUAGAGCGUUUUUUGUUCAUUGAAGUUUGUUAUCAUAUUCAAGAAUUUGUUUUGCCUUACAAUCUUAUGUCAUCAUUUUGAUUUUGUUUCUCAAA